AUGGCUUCGUUGUCUUCUAUUCCAUGGGGACGUCAUCCAAAUGAAUGUGAUAUUAUUCUUGAUUCAAAAGAACUUCGACAACAUGAAUAUUUUAUUCAUUUAAGUUCAAAACAUUUUAUUAUAGAAUCUAUAGAUAAUGGUAGAUCAAUUUUUUUUCGUGAUAUUAGUAGAAAUGGUUGUUAUAUUGAUGGAGAACUAAUUCAUCAUACAAAAGUUUUAUUACAAAAUAGUGAACAUAUUAUUUCUCUUGCUUUAAAAGAAAAUCGUGCAUAUAGAUUUAUACAUUUAUCAGGUUUAUUUGGUGUUAGUAAUCUUGAUGAACGUUAUUUAAAAGGAAAUUUACUUGGUUCAGGUUCAUUUGCUAAUGUUUAUAAAGCUAUAUCACAUGUUACACAUACACAUCGUGCUAUUAAAAUUAUAAAUAAAGAUCAAUGUGAAAAACAAAUUGGUCCUGGAUUUUCAAAAUAUCUUUAUCGAGAAGUAUCUAUUCAUGGUAGUGUUGAUCAUCCUUGUAUUCUUCGUCGUUUUGAUGUUUAUCAUGAAAAAUCAGAUUUAUUUGUUGAAAUGGAAUAUGCAGCUGGAGGUUCAUUACUUGAUAGAAUACAUAAAACAUAUAUUAUGGAUGAAGAUGAAUGUAAAUUUAUUUUUUAUCAAAUUGGUUGUGCACUUGCAUAUUUACAUCGACUUAAAAUAGUUCAUCGAGAUAUAAAACCAGCUAAUGUUCUUCUUAUGUCAAAUGAACGAGAAACAGUUGCAAAAUUAAGUGAUUUUGGUGUUGCGAAAUAUGUUUAUGCAUCAUCACGAUAUUUAAAUACAACAAUUGCUGGUACACAACAAUUUAUGGCACCCGAAGUACAAUUUCAAACUGGACAUUCUACAAAUGCUGAUGUUUGGUCAUUUGGUAUGACUCUUCUGAAUGCUUAUGUUGGAGAUACUGUAUUUCGUUUACGAGGUAUUCGAGCAUUAAAUUCAGUAUCACAUACAAAAAAAGAUUUAAAAGAAAUAAUAAUAAAAACAUUAGAAAAAAAUACAUAUGCUCGACCAGAUAUGAAUCAAUUAUUUCGUUAUUCAUGGUUUCGUGAUAGUGCAUGUUUUGAACGAAUUCAAAAACUUGUUCAUGUACAAACUGGUAAAUUUUUAAAUUUACCUUAUGAAAGAUGA